CCAACGCAUGUUCCUAGUCACUAACUACCCAACCUACCUUGGCGGAAACCUCAAUGUUUCUGAUGCAGACGCGUUCCAAAUCUCACCUUUUUCCAUUCUACACAUUCACACUCAAAAUCCCUUUUUCAGUAUGAGGAACUUGAAUCCUUACUCACAUUUUCCUUGCAUAUUCACCUCUAUUGUCAAUGGAAAUUGCAAUCUCUCCUCACAAAUCUCAAACCCCUUUUCGGGGUUCUUCCUCUUCCAGCAUCCUUUCCUUUUUUGGUUGUUCUUUUGCCUCAAAGGUGAGAAAUUGGAGCAACCCCGUUUCCCGGAUUUGUUGUUCCUCCAUGGAACAAAGGCUGAAACCCAAACCCAAGAAAAUUGAUUAUGUGGAAAGACAAGUGCCAGUUGUGGAUGACACCCAGAUCAGGAAAACGUCCUCUUCUGGACUCUGUAGUCAGAUAGAGAAGUUGGUUUUGUGUAAUAGGUAUAGGGAAGCAAUGGAGUUGUUUGAAAUUUUGGAACUUGAACAUGAUGGUUUUGAUGUGGGUGGCAGCACUUAUGAUGCUUUGGUCAGUGCUUGUGUCAGUUUGAGAUCGAUUCGAGGUGUUAAGAGGCUGUUCAAUUAUAUGAUUAAUAGUGAGUUUGAGCCUGAUUUGUAUAUGAUGAACAGGGUUUUGCUUAUGCAUGUGAAAUGUGGUCUCAUGAUUGAUGCGCACAAGAUGUUUGAUGAAAUGCCGGAGAAAGAUGUGGUUUCGUGGAUGACCAUGAUUGGUGGACUUGUGGACUCCGGGAAUUUCUCUGAAGCUUUUAGGUUGUUUUUGUGUAUGUGGGAAGAGUUCAAUGAUGGAAGAUCUCGCACUUUUGCCACCAUGAUUCGGGCAUCGGCUGGAUUGGGUCUUAUUCAGGUGGGAAGGCAGAUUCAUUCGUGUGCUUUGAAAAGAGGGGUCGGAGAUGAUAAUUUUGUGUCUUGUGCGCUAAUUGACAUGUACAGUAAGUGUGGUAGCAUUGAAGAUGCUCAUUGUGUGUUUGAUCAAAUGCCGGAGAAGACGACCGUAGGAUGGAAUUCCAUUAUUGCUGGCUAUGCCCUCCAUGGUUAUAGUGAGGAAGCUCUUAGUAUGUACUAUGAGAUGCGCGAUAGUGGUGCUAAAUUAGACCAUUUUACUAUUUCGAUAGUGAUAAGAAUUUGUGCAAGAUUGGCAUCUUUAGAGCAUGCAAAACAAGCUCAUGCUGCUUUAGUUCGUCAUGGUUUUGGCACAGAUAUAGUGGCAAACACAGCACUUGUGGACUUUUAUAGCAAAUGGGGUAGAAUGGAAGAUGCCCGACAUGUUUUUGACAGGAUGCACCGCAAGAAUGUUAUAUCAUGGAAUGCAUUGAUUGCUGGAUACGGUAAUCAUGGUCAGGUAGCAGAGGCUGUAGAAAUGUUUAAGCAGAUGCUUCGAGAAAGGAUGAUUCCCAACCAUGUGACUUUCCUUGCUGUCUUAUCUGCUUGUAGCUAUUCAGGAUUAUCAGAACGAGGUUGGGAGAUUUUUUACUCCAUGAGUAGAGAUCACAAGAUUAAGCCCAGAGCAAUGCAUUAUGCAUGUAUGAUUGAACUAUUAGGUCGAGAGGGUUUGUUAGAUGAGGCUUAUGCACUAAUAAAAAGUGCUCCUUUCAAACCAACGCAAAAUAUGUGGGCAGCAUUGCUGACAGCAUGCAGAAUGCAUGAGAAUUUAGAGCUAGGGAAGUUAGCUGCUGAAAAACUUUAUGGGAUGGAGCCUGAAAAGCUGUGUAAUUAUGUGCUGCUUUUGAAUAUAUAUAGCAGUUCUGGCAAAUUGAAGGAAGCUGCUGGUGUUUUGCAGACAUUAAAGAGGAAGGGUUUAAGAAUGCUUCCAGCUUGUAGCUGGAUUGAAGUCAAUAAACAGCCUUAUGCCUUCCUUUGUGGUGAUAAAUCUCACUCUCAAACAAAGGAAAUAUAUCAAAAAGUGGACAACCUGAUGGUUGAGAUAUCCAAGCAUGGUUACAUUGAGGAGAACGAAACUUUGCUUCCUGAUGUGGAUGAAGAGGAACAGCGCAUUCUAAAAUACCAUAGUGAAAAGUUGGCUAUUGCUUGUGGGCUUAUCAACACUCCAAAUUGGACACCGUUGCAAAUUACACAGGGCCAUCGUGUGUGUGGUGAUUGCCACAGUGCAAUUAAACUCAUAGCGAUGGUUACAGGACGGGAAAUUGUGGUAAGAGAUGCUAGUAGAUUUCACCAUUUUAGAAACGGGAGUUGUUCCUGUGGCGAUUAUUGGUGAUGACAUUAUUAUGUCAUUCAACUCACAGACCUAUAAACUAAUUAGCUUCUUGUUAGCUCACCUCAUCUUCCCCCUAACUUAGCCCCAUCUUUUUUUAUUAGGAUACGAUUCUAUGAUACAUGUAAUUUGUUUUGUGAUCAAUUAAUAAGAGUCCUAUUUUCUUUGAG